AUGGCCGUCCACCUCAAAGCUCUCCUAGAAAAAACCCAACUGAUCCAGCCCAACGAAGUGGAAAACCAAAUCUGUCCCGUCUGCUACGAAGACUACCUUCAACCCCCAUCACGAGAAUUCCCGCGCAAACUUCCCUGCGGCCACGUCAUCGGAACAGAAUGCCUGCUUCUCUGGGCGUCCUCGCAAACCCACGCUACCUCCAUCAAUUGCCCCUGGUGCACGCAUCCAAUCACUCACUCCAUCGAUACGCAGUAUCUCCGAACGGUCAUAGACGCGUAUGCAGAAGCCGCGCUUCAGCAUAUCGCGGCGCAAAUCGAGAGGGCAAUCGUCGCCGUCGACCGAGCACUUACCCACGGUUGUUGGAGCUUGCUUUCUCUGGCUGUCGUCUUUUUAUCACUGGGGCUGUAUUUCGACGGGUUUUUCGACUGCCUCCCACUUGGCUUUCUGUAUGUGUGCACAGGUCUGGCCGUCAAAUGCUGUCUUACAUCCUACCCUCGCCUCGGGGUGGCAUUGAUGGUUCUUGGCUUCUACGUGGGGACAUUCGUCGAUUCAGAUCUUGGCCAUGUUCUACUCAGAUAUGGAAAAGCACCUUUCCAUGCUGCUAUUGCGAGAGCCUACUUCGACCAUACUCGCCUCGUGUUGGGCUUGUCGGUGACUUUGCUCGUGGCACAAGCUGCUUGGGGAAACCCAAUCGGACAAGUGAUAGCAUUCAAAGCGGAAUUGCCGGGAUUGCCAGAAAUGGUGGUCGAUGGUGGCUCCACUGCCAAAGAUAUCCGCGUCAUGAAACGCAAAUCAGCUGAGGAGAAGCGGAAACGAAUGGAAGGAUAUGAGCUAGGAUGGACAGGGAGGAAAUCGGUGAACAGUGACAUGGAAGAAACUUAA